AUGUAUCGACAUCGAGAUCAAGAAGACGUAGUAUGCCUUGCGCCGCAAACAAUGUCAUAUACUCCUCGCGACCGAGCAGAAGAAUUGACCAGCCACUCCCCGGACAGCAUUACCGCGUCUCUCGACCGCAAUAGCGGUGACGGAAGCGUUCACGUGGCGGGAAACUCCGCCGACCGCCUCAAUUUCAGCUCGCAAUCUUACGCGGAACGAGCUACUACUAGCAGCGCCGGGAGCGCCGAUGGCGGAGGCCAAAGUUACGGCAGCGGAAGCGGUCACGGAAGCCCGAGCAGUACCAGCAGUUACUUGGCUCAGCAGCACCGUGAUUUGCGUCGUCAGCAGCAGGGAGGGUUCCCUUCGUCUCUUGCGGCGGAACGGCGGGAUCCGCGGACGAACCGCGUCGGCGGCGGUGACGGAGGUGUAUACGCAGCUGAAAUUGAGUACGGCUACGAGCGUUACAGCCAUCCCGGCGCCAAGAGCGGCGCAAUUGCCGCCGGAGGCGGAAGCUACAGCCAUGUCGCUUCGCGCGGCGGCAGCGGACGCGCGAGCGGCUUGGGUACUAGGCAGCGCUGGAGCUACGGUAACCACGCCACAUUUCGCACUUCAGAAUAUAACGACGGAAGCGGUUCCAGAGCCGCCGCCGCCGCCGCCGAAAGCCGCGCGCGGUGCAGUAAAGCCGGUGCAGAGACUGGGUCGUCGUCCGACCUUCGUUUUGGAGCGGCGGGAGGGGGAAUGCAAGGCGCGGGGACGCGGGGAACGGAUUUUAACGGCAUGGGGAACGUAUAUCCGGGGGCUGAGCGCGGCCACGCGACGAACGACACGGAAGGUUGGUGGAGGGGCGGGAACAGGUAUGGAAGGGAAGCAGCCUGCGCCGGUGCGGAGAGGGAGGCUGUCAUCAUGACGGGACAAGGACGAUAUCUCACUGCACAAAGUCCGGAAAGCAGUAGAGAGGCUGCUAGGGUUAUGGCGUUGUUGAACGCUGCGGCAGAGGCAGACGAGGAUGCAGCACACGCGGGAGUAGAUAACAAUGGGUCUGCAGGGACAAGGCUGGCUAAAACGUCCCAUAUGGCAUCAGCCAAGUCUGUGGUGGGGAUAAUGGCUGCGGUGACUGUGGUGUUGGUGCUGCUUCCCGCUUGCUUGUCGGAUGUGGGCCCGCCACCCGCGGAGCUAAUGCUGGUUCCUGUGGUUUCCUGCCAGGGUUACUCUGCAGAACAGAUCGCAUCCCUCUAUCAGCAGUAUCACGCAUUGAGUGCUUAUGCUGCCGUACUCCACCAGCCAUACCUUGGCGCGAUCACCAAUUUCGGUGAUUCGCGUCAAAACGCUUCUUCAGAACUUCAGUCGGACGCCAAUCAGCAGAACAUGGUGGACAUUGAGGCAAUGCUACAGCGCCUCAAUCCAAACGCGGAGGAGUAUGUCCCAUCGGCAGUGCAGCACAGGCCGACUGCUAUUGUUCGGACCAUUCCAUCCAGAUUCGCUUCUUCGAAGAGGAAUUCCAUGAAGAAGCUGCAGAAGGUUCCUGCUUGCGCAGAACGUUUGCGACGACAGCCUAGAACGUCACAAAUUUCCGCCGAGGUAUCCAUCAAGAGGACCGUUUAUGUCUCUGACAUUGAUCAGCAGGUUACAGAAGAACAACUUGCCACACUUUUCUUGUCUUGCGGUCAGGUCGUCGACUGCCGAAUCUGUGGAGACCCCAAUUCUAUCCUUCGAUUUGCUUUUGUGGAAUUCACAAACGAAGAGGGAGCAAAAAAGGCCCUGACUGUAGCAGGAACCAUGCUGGGUUACUAUCCACUUCGUGUCUUACCUUCUAAGACUGCCAUUCUACCAGUCAACCCCAACUAUCUACCCAAGAGCCAGGGCGAGAAGGAGAUGUGUGCUCGCACAAUCUAUUGUACAAACAUUGAUAAGAAGGUUGCUCAAUCUGAUGUGAAGCUUUUCUUUGAGUCACUCUGUGGAGAGGUUUCUCGUCUUCGGUUGCUUGGAGACUCCCAACACCCCACCAGGAUUGCCUUUGUGGAGUUUGUGAUGGCUGAGAGUGCAAUGGCGGCUCUGAAUUGCAGUGGAGCUAUAUUGGGUAGCCUGCCAAUAAGGGUCAGCCCCUCCAAGACGCCCUUGAGGCCAAGGGGGCCACGUGUCGCGCAGGCACAGAUACGUCAGGACAGUGCCGCUUCAGAUUCUUUUGUGACCACUGCGGAGUUGGCAGCCAUGGCAGAGCUUAAAGUCAGCAAGCCCGCGCUAUCGACGACGCCGCUAAGCCUUCCGAAUAGGAUUCUCAUGGGUCCUGGCCCGGCAACUCCGCACCCUCGAGUCCUUGCCGCCGCAUCCCUGCCUCUCGUCGGCCACAUGCACCCGGAGUUCCUUACCGUAAUGGACGAGGUGAAGGCGUGGCUGCAGUACACCUUCCAGACGCAGAACCCGUUCACCAUUGCCGUCAGCGGCUCCGGCCACGCCGCCAUGGAGGCUGCCGUCGCCUCUUCGCAGAAUCCGUUCACCAUCGCCCUCAGCGGCUCCGGCCAUGCCGCCAUGGAGGCUGCCGUUGCCUCUGUGAGUAAAAUCGCUUUGACUUUUUGUUUGGGGGCCUUGGGGGCCGUGGUGGUGAAAGUGGCGGUGAAGAGGGGAGGGAGGGAGGCGGACAUGAGAGCUGAAUGGGCCAUUGUGAGUCGCUACUUUAUUUCUCGGGUGGUGGAGCCUGGCGAUGUGGUGCUGGUGGGAGUGAACGGCAUCUGGGGCGAGCGCAUGACGAUCCUGGCAGCUAGGUACGGCGCUGACGUCCGGAAGAUGGAGGCAGCACCGGGGAAGGUGUUCUCUGUUGCUGACGUGGAGAAGGCUCUGGCGGAUAACCCAGGCGUGAAGGUGGUGUUUGUGGUGCAUGGGGAGUCGAGCACGGGGACGCUGCAGCCUCUGGAAGGGUUGGGAGAGCUCUGCCACAAGCACGGUGAGGGGAUGCACGGUGAGAGGAUGCACGGUGAGGGGAUGCACGGUGAGAGGAUGCACGGUGAGGGGAUGCACGGUGAGGGGAUUCACGGUGAGGGGAUGCACGGCGCGCUGCUGUUUGUAGACGCUGUGUGCACGCUGGGAGGGCUGCCUCUGCACGUGGACGCGUGGGGCGUGGACGUCAUAUGCAGCGGUGACUCUGCCCCCAUUUCCCUCCCGCACAUCUGCCUGUCCCCCGUCCUCCCAGGCGCACUUCUAUUCGUGGAUGCUGUGUGCACGCUGGGAGGGGUGCCUCUGCACGUGGACGCGUGGGGCGUGGACGUCAUUUACAGCGGAUCGCAGAAGUGCCUGUCAGCGCCCGUCGCCCCCUCGCCCCUCUCUCUCAGCGAGAGGGCCCGUGCAAAGCUCGCCAACCGCUCCACACCUGUGAGCCUGGUGACCAACGUGAACGCCAUGAGGGAGGCACUCGCGAUGCUGGCAGAGGAGGUGAGUUGCCAUUGCCUGGCUAGCCUGCCAAGCCAUUCCGUUUUGAGGCGCCUCAAAACUAGGGAGGCACUCGCGAUGCUGGCAGAGGAGGUGAGUUGCCAUUGCCUGGCUAGCCUGCCAAGCCAUUCCGUUUUGAGGCGCCUCAAAACUAGGGAGGCACUCGCGAUGCUGGCAGAGGAGCCUGCCAAGCCAUUCCGUUUGAGGCACCUCAAAACUAGGGAGGCACUCGCGAUGCUGGCAGAGGAGGUGAGUUGCCAUUGCCUGGCUAGCCUGCCAAGCCAUUCCGUUUUGAGGCGCCUCAAAACUAGUGAGGCACUCGCGAUGCUGGCAGAGGAGCCUGCCAAGCCAUUCCGUUUGAGGCACCUCAAAACUAGGGAGGCACUCGCGAUGCUGGCAGAGGAGGUGAGUUGCCAUUGCCUGGCUAGCCUGCCAAGCCAUUCCGUUUUGAGGCGCCUCAAAACUAUGGAGGCACUCGCGAUGCUGGCAGAGGAGGGUCUGGAGAAUGUGUGGCAGCGCCAUCGCAGCCAGGCGGAGCUGCUGUGGGCAGGGUUGCAAGAGCUGGGACUGGAGCUAUUUGUGGAGGACCACGAUUCUCGCCUGCCCACCGUGACAACAGUGAAGGUGCCUGAAGGAGUGGAGUGGACUAAAGUCACAGGCCAUCUUAUGUCGAAGUUCAACUUGGAAAUAGCUGGAGGACUUGGUCCCACAGUUGGCAAGGUGUGGCGAAUUGGUCUCAUGGGGAACAAUGCCCGCCCUGCUAAUGUAGCACUUCUUCUGGAGGCCCUGAAGGAUGCGCUUGAGCAUGCAGGACACCUCAAGAACCCAGCUUCCGCUGCCAUCGCCAUGGCUCCUUUGGCUCCUCUGGUUGCUUCCCCAACGGCCGCUUCGACGAGGGUUGAGAGGCCAAGCAUCUCCACCACGCCUCUGACGCUCCCCAACCUCCUGCUCAUGAGUCCUGGCCCAUCGUCUCCCCACCCACGCGUCCUCGCUGCUGCUGGUUCGCCCCUUGUCGGCCAUAUGCACCCUGCGCUGCUCGGUGCGGUCGAUGACGUGCGCGAGUGGCUCAAAUACGUCUUUCAGACGCGCAACCGCUUCACGCUCGGCGUCAGCGGCUCGGGUCACGCCGCCAUGGAAGCUGCUGUGAACGCCGUCGUGGCUCCCGGCGACGUCGUGUUGGUUGCGGUGAACGGCAUGUGGGGCGACCGAAUGGCGCUGCUCGCGCGGCGACACGGCGGCGACGUGCGAACGAUUCAGGCGCCUCUGGGGGAGGUGUUCACUCUCGACGACUUCGCGCGCGCGCUCGAGGCGAACCCGGCGGGAGUAGCGGCGGUGUUUGUGGUGCACGGCGAGUCAAGCACAGGGACGCUGCAGCCUCUGGAGGGGUUGGGGGACCUCUGCCAUAAGCACGGUGCACUGCUGGUGGUCGAUGCGAUUUGCACGGUGGGAGGAGUGCCUGUGCUGAUGGACGAGUGGGAUAUCGAUGUGUGCUACAGCGGGUCUCAGAAGUGCUUGUCAUCGCUUGUAUCACCAUCGCCAUUCUCCAUGAAUGAGCGUGCAAGACAGAAGCUCAAAAGCAAGGCACACCAGAUCCAGACGUAUUACUUCGACAUGAACGUGGCUGGAGCUUUCUGGGGCGUCGAUGGCAAGCCACACGUGUACCAUCACACAUCGAUUGGCAGCAACAUCAUGGCCAUCAGGGAGGCGCUAGCUUUGGUGGUGGACGAAGGGUUAGAGAGCGUGUGGCACCGCCACCGCUCCCUGGCUGAUAGGCUCUGUGCUGGAAUUGAGGAGCUGGGGCUAGAGCUGUUCGUGAAGGACCCCUCUAUCCGCCUGCCCACCGUGACAACCAUCAAGGUGCCCGAAGGGGUGCAGUGGGCGCAGGUGACGGCUUACCUCAUGGAGAAAUACAACCUCGAGAUUGCCGGAGGGCUGGGACCCACCGUUGGCAUGGUGUGGCGAAUUGGCAUAAUGGGCAACAACGCCCGUCUGGCCAACGUAGCUCUCUGA